CUGAAAUCAACUCCAUUGUAUUAUAUGAGUGGUAUUUGAAAUGUUUGGAACAGAAAAUGUAAAAUAAUGUUGUUUAAUAUAAUUAGUGAAUAUAUUAUGACGAAAAAAUGUACGUAUGCUACAUAGUUUAACGGAAUAGUGUUUCCCAGAAAUGUGAAAUGCAAUUUAUAACCCUAUAAUAAUUCGGGGCAGUUAUGAUGUAUGUAUUACUUUUAAUAUGUUCGUCAUUUCCACGACACGACUCAAUGUUGUACUAUUAAAUUUCUAUGAAUCAACGCAGUAUUUUGUCCGUGCAAAAUAUACAAUUUCUGAAACAGUCAUGAAAGUCCUUAAUGUAGCGGAAAAAAAUGAUGCUGCGAAGAAUAUCGCAGGCUAUUUGUGUCGCGGUAACUCUAGGCGGAGGGAAGGAUUAUCUCCAUAUAAUAAAAUUUACGAAUUUAGCUCCAAUCUGUGGAAUCAGAAUUGUGAUAUGAUCAUGACUUCUGUCUCUGGUCACCUGUUGAAUUAUACAUUUACAGGAGCGUAUUGUAAGUGGCAGGGUUGUCAUCCACUAAGUUUAUUUGAUGCACCUUUGACAAAGCAAUGCAUAGAGGAAAAUUACAUUAAGAUUAAACAAACUCUAGAAAGAGAAGUAAAGAAAUGCAAUGCAUUAAUUAUUUGGACAGAUUGUGAUCGUGAAGGGGAAAAUAUUGGGUUUGAAAUUAUUCUAGUCUGUCAAGCAGUUAAACCAAAUAUUCGUAUAUACAGAGCAAAGUUUUCUGAAAUUACCCAAGCAUCUGUAAGUAGAGCUUUGCAGAAUUUAUGUGAACCAGACAAAGCAAUUAGUGAUGCUGUUGAUGUACGAAGUGAAUUGGACUUAAGGAUAGGUGCUGCAUUUACUAGGUUUCAAACAUUAAGACUUCAAAAAGUAUUUCCAAGAACUCUUGCUCAGAUGCUGAUCAGUUAUGGCAGCUGUCAGUUUCCGACACUAGGAUUUGUAGUUGAAAGAUUCUUAGCUAUAGAAAGAUUUAAGCCAGAGCCGUACUGGAAAAUAAAAGUUAUGGAUGUUCGGGAUCAACUUUCUGUGGAGUUUAGAUGGGCAAGAGGAAAGUUGUUUGAAAAAUUACCUUGCGAAGUUUUGCUAGAUACAUGCCUAGAACAACCUAAUGCCACUGUAAAAGAUAUUACAAGUAAACCUAAGAGUAAGUGGCGACCACUACCAUUGGACACAGUUGAACUGGAAAAACAAGGUUCUCGCAAACUUCAUUUAAGUGCCAAAGAGACAAUGAAAAUAGCAGAGAAACUAUAUACUCAAGGAUUUAUCAGUUAUCCACGUACAGAGACUAAUAUAUUUCCAAAAGAAUUAAAUCUUGUUCCCUUUGUAAAUCAACAAGUAAAUAAUCCAGCUUGGGGUGGAUUCGCUCAGCAACUACUAGACGACGGAUUAAGCCCUAGGCAAGGAAAAAAAAGCGAUCAAGCACAUCCUCCAAUACAUCCACUGAAAUGUAGCAAUAAUUUACAAGGUAAUGAUGCUAAGGUUUAUGAAUUCGUGGUGCGGCACUUUUUGGCUUGUUUAUCGAAGAAUGCAUUAGGGCAAGAAACAACAGUGGAGAUUGAUAUCAAUGGAGAAAAAUUUAUUGCAAACGGUUUACAAAUUAUUGAACGGAAUUAUUUGAAUGUAUACAUAUAUGAAAAAUGGAGUAAUAAGGAAAUUCAUACAUAUCAAAGAGGACAGGUCUUUCAACCCACUAGCAUAGAUAUGGUACAAGAAGAAACGUCUCCACCGCAAUUAUUAACUGAAGCUGAUUUGAUUAGCUUGAUGGACAAGUUCGGUAUCGGUACUGAUGCUACACAUGCUGAUCACAUAGAUACGAUAAAAGCACGUCAAUAUGUCGGGUUAAUGGAUGGAAAACAUUUAAUGCCGGGAAAACUUGGAAUUGGAUUGGUAUUGGGUUACGAUAGUAUGGGAUUUCAAAUGUCGAAACCGAACUUAAGAGCUGAAUUAGAAAAAGAUCUUAAAUUAAUAUGUGAGCGGCGAAAGGAUCCAAAGGACGUCUUACAAAGUCAGAUAAAUAAAUAUCGUGAAGUAUUUCAAGUAUCAUUGGAACGUGCCAAUUUAAUCGAUAGCGCUUUAGCGGAUUAUCUAGAUGAACGACCAACAGAAACGCAAGAGAUACAAAUUAGCAAUCCACCCAUAGAAAUUUCCAUCUUCAAGUGUCCGAGAUGUGGUUCAAACAUGACACUCAAAGAUAGAAGACAAGCUAUGGGAAAAUAUAUCGGUUGCAUGGGAUAUCCGGAGUGUAAUAAUGCAGUUUGGUUCCCUCAAUAUGUAGAAUCCGUCGCAGUGUUGGAUGAAACUUGCUCGCAAUGUGCAGGAAACAUGCGUAAAUUGGAAUUCAAGUUAGCCAGGAAUGUUCUUCCAAUGUAUGGUACUACUUAUUCCACUUGCAUCGGUGGCUGCGAUCCUUCGUUUAACGAAGUACUAAAUAUAAGAAAUAAUAGUAUUAAAAUUGUCAGACAAACAAAUGACAGCGGUUACAGUAGUACAUUCAGUGGAUCAAGAUCAGCUGUUGAUUCAAAUACAGCCUCAGAAAGAUACAGUGGAACUCAACCAUCUCGAGGUGGAAGUAGGACAAAUUUAUCUGACAAUAACACAUCUGUAGGGCUCGUUAGAACUCAGAACAAUAAUCAACGUAAUACAAAUAGACCAAGAGAUAGUAAUAGAAGUGUUAAGAAACGAAAUGACUCGAAGAACGAUGAUACGUGGAUUGAUACAAGUAAUUUCAAUCCUUCGAGCAACGAUUCAAAAUUAUCACAAAUGGAACAAAACAGAACAUGGGGUGACAUCGAUAAUAAUGCUGUUAUUAUGUGUAGAUGUCACGAGAAUGCGAUUCAGUUAACCGUAAGGAAAGAAGGGCCGAAUCAGGGAAGAUUAUUUUAUAAAUGUGCCAAGCCUCAGGGUACUGGUUGUGAUUUCUUUUUGUGGGCAUCAGAUGAUCCACAGGAAACGCCAAACAACAUAAAUAGGAAUACAAAUCAUACAAUGAAUGCAAAUACCAGUGUGGUACCAAGCACUUCCAGUACAUCGUUAUCAUGGAAUGGUACAUGUCACUGUAAUCAAUUGGCAGUAGAGCGAACUGUUCAAAAAGAUGGCCCUAAUAAAGGUCGGCUAUUUUAUUCGUGUCCUAAACCAAUGAAUGAGUCUUGUAAAUUCUUUCAAUGGGGGGAUGAAAACGUUCAAAAUCAUAACAAAUUUGUAAACAGAAAUAGUAACACCUCUGGGAGUAAAGAGGGUAACAAGACGCAGAGAAAGCCUCGAGCUAGCGGUGGUAAGAGAAAAUGCGGAAUUUGUGGGAUAGAAGGGCAUACAAGAAAAACUUGUCCUGAAAAUGCAAUGGAUUAA